CAACUAUGUAUAAUUACCGGAAACGUCUAGAGUUUCCCGAACCCCGCGAAAAUACUGAAACCUCGCCUUUUCCUUAGUUCAAUUCCCUUGCUUUCGUCCUCAUUCCACUAUUGUUCCUCUCCUCUUGCAAAGCCCUUAACUGAAAAAUAUCGCGUGGUUGCUUUGGCGAGUUCUUCGGAUAUGAAGAUCAAUGGAGGCGGCCUGGCAUUGGCAGCGAUCAUCGGUCUCUCCCUGAUUCUGCUGACCGAGGCAGCCAAAAAUGUCGACCCUUACAAGGUUCUUGGGGUUGAGCGGAACGCAGGCCAACGAGAAAUACAGAAAGCUUUCCACAAGCUUUCUCUGCAAUAUCACCCUGACAAGAACAAAAAGAAGGGAGCCCAAGAGAAGUUUGCUGAGAUCAAUAACGCAUACGAGAUCCUCUCAGAUGAAGAAAAGCGGAAAAAUUAUGACCUAUAUGGAAAUGAAAUGGGAAACUCUGGAUUUGAUUCUGGUUACCCCGGAGAUGAUGGGGGGUAUAGACACUACACAGGAGGGCAGGGCUCAAGUGGAUUUAGCUUUAGGCCAGGGGAAUGGCAGAAUAUGGGAGGGAAAGGAGGUUCCAAGUCAUUCUCGUUUUCCUUUGGUGGUGGUCCUAGUGCUCAGAACUCAUUCGGUUUUGGGAUGGAUGACCUAUUUUCAAAUUUCUUUGGAGAUAAAUCACGUGGGGCUCAGGCUAGCAGCUUUGGUCGCUCAACUAGGUCUCAAGGGAGGUCUCAAUCUGGCUCUACAACUUCUCCUAAGAGCAUCAAGGACAUUAACUCUCAAGUCUAUAAGAAAGAAGUUAUCGAUCAAGGAAUCACGUGGCUUAUACUGUCAUAUACUCCCUCUGUGAGGGGAACCGAGUAUUAUGAGUCAAUCAUACAGGAGGUUUCUGAUCCACUUCAAGGAGCGUUAAAGGUUGGGAGCAUACAUUGUGAGACUCAGAGAUCUCUGUGCAUGGAGCUUGGCAUAAACCCUCGCAAGGAGCCCAGGGUUUUUCUUUAUACCUAUAAGGAAAACAAUGAGGGUUCUUUGGUGGAGUAUACAGGUGAUUUGGUCCCAAAGAAUUUGAAGGCAUUUUGCCAAGACCAUCUGCCGAGGUUCUCAACAAGGAUAAAACUUAACAAUUUGAAGUCUUUGUCCAAUGGUGGGGGGAAACUGCCUAGCGUUUUGCUUCUUUCCACCAAACGUGAUACGCCUGUGAUCUGGCGUGCCCUCAGUGGCUUGUAUCAUAAGCGCUUUACAUUUAACGAUGUUGAGGUCCAUGAUGUUAAUGAUCCGAUGGUGAAGGAGCUAGGAGUGGACCAACUUCCGGCCAUCGUCGGCUGGCUAUCAAAUGGAGAGAAGCAUGUACUAAAGACAGGUGUUUCAGUGAAAGAUCUGAAGUCUGGAAUUAAAGAUCUUGGCAACGUACUCGAUGGGUUUGAGAGGAAGAAUAAGAAGGUUGCUCCAAAUCAGGGCAAAACCUCGCAGGCUGAGAACAGAGUACCACUGCUUGACGGAUUAACUUAUAAUGAUGUAUGUGGGGAGAGGAUCCCGGUUUGUAUAAUUGGUGCUUACAGAUCUUCAACAGCAAGAGAGAAGCUGGCAUCUAUUCUGUCUGUGGUUUCUCAAAAAUCCUUAUCCAGGCGACCGAACUCAGCAUCAAGCUCUCAGGACGCCGUCUCCUACGCAAUGUUAGAUGUUGCAGCACAGCAAACGUUCAUGAACGCAUUCGACAGGUAUGGAUUCAAGUCGGCUGACAGAACUUUAAUUGCGUACAAGCCUCGAAAGGGGAAGUUUGCAAAGUUUGAAGGCGAGAUGACUAUAGAAGCAGUAGAGGCAUUCAUAAGCUCCGUUUUGAAUGGAGAAGUGCAAUUUACUAAAAUUCGCCAGAAGCCGGCAAUCAAGUGAGAUGUCGGACACUAUUGGCUAACAAAUCUUUUUGUGGGUAUAUUAUUAGCGAACAGUGUACAUAGCAGAGAAAACUAUAGAAUGCAAUGCAAAUAUAAAAUGGCCAAUUGAUAAACCCUGUAUGGUCUCGGAUUUAGUGACCGAAUAGUAUGCAAUAGAUACUGUGCAUUAUGUGCGUGGAUCAGGUAAACUAGUCUGCAAAUCUAAUUGACAGGAGGUAUGGAAAUAAGACCUCGUAGCCAUUUCAAGCUGAAUGAAUUAAUCUCAGCUUGGACGAAACCCUCCUCACUAAAUAAAGCUAAAGUCUUAGGGUUGGUUUGGUUUUGGUGAUAGUUAAAUGGAUGGAUUGUCAUCAAUGCAUGUGUACUAAUAUGCAUGUAUAUAAGAAAAUUGGUGUAUUGCAGUUUAUAUCAUUUGAUUUUUG